UCUUUACUCGCUCGCCUUCUGCCUGCCUUCUUUACUCGCUCGCCCUCCUCCCGCAACCUUCUUUACUUGCAAGCUUCAACUCUCCCUCAGGCGCCCUACCUUCGUCCCACCUACCCUCUUUACUUCUUCCAUUCCGUAGCUAUUAUAGUCGUUGUCGUCAAAUAUUGCACGACUUCUCCAAACAGUCUACAUCUCCUAGCUUUGUCCUGAAGACCAUGGAUAAACUUCUUCAAAUGUCAACCAGGCUCCAGUUUCACAAAAUAUUCAUCACUGCUAUAGAAGCUGACCCCGACGCCACGGGAACUCCAAUUCUUCAGGUGGCUCGUGUUUUGUCAACGAGUUAAAGGUAAGCUCUCAAAUAAAAUUGAAUUUUGACUUUGCCUUGUUGAAAAUCUCAAUACCAUUGGAAUCCUGAAAUUCAUGAAUUUUCACUCUGCCUAAUCUAGUUGUGAAUUUCAUUCUUACGUUUUAUUUCAUUGUUUAUCAAAAUCUGCCUUAGUCUGCACUUAUUCCCUUGGGAAAUCAAUGGGUGUUGGAUUAUCUGUGCUUCACUCAUAUCUGUUCGAAUGGUUAUCAACCCCUUUUCUAUAUGCUUCACUCAUAUCUGUAUUGAUUUCUAUAGCCACUCACCCAUUAAUAAAUCUCCCAAAACUGUUGGGCAAAAGCUGUGAUGGGACUUUACCGCUAUGAUCCUUGCAAUGUUCAGCCCAUACUUGUUUUUUGUGAGAGCUUUCUCUGCUUCAAUGCUUUGAGAAGAAAGAAAAGUGUGGAGCCUUCUUAUAUUGAAGUCAUUAUCCAUCUGACUUUCCUAGCAUUUUCAAGGCCAAUUGAGCUUUUAUUUAUUUUUUUAAUUGUUGGCAUUCCUAAUAGGUGUUAAUGAAUCAUUGCACGGUUACAUAGGAUUUGUAUCUCUUCUGAACCAGUAUAUAAAACUGUUUACAUGUGCUGGUUUGACUCCCUACUGAAAAUGUUUCCAAGUAA